CUUCAACUUCACUGUCUUAAUGUUGAAGUCCACAAAUAUUACCCCUUUUCUAAAGCCUGUAAUAUCUCCUCUCCGAUAAGGUAGAAGGACAGCCCUAAUUUCCACCAUGGAGGUCGACCACAUUGACAAGCUCCUAGAGCGCUAUCUUCACCUCCUUCAUCAAUACACGACGCUUAGAGAGCAGCUCAGCAGCCUGCAAACAGGCAUAUAUCAAAACAUUGCACGUGCCAACUUUGCCGCCGAGCGCGGAAUGCGGUUUGGCCAAGACUACUACGACGAGCGCAUGCGGGCCUCUAGAAAAGUGGCUAUCACUCUGGGCGGCGACCAGGAUAUUCCCGCGUUUGCCGUCACUGCCGGGAGCGCGGAAGCUGGGCUGCUGGCCCCAUCGGAAAAGGGAGCUACUACGGAUGACGGCACCAAGGAAGCGAGUAAAGAAGAGAGAGAAAAGGAAGAGGAGAAAGAGGAGGAGGCUCGCGAGUUCCAGGAGGAGAAGCGGAAAGACCCGCUGAGAUGGUUCGGGCUGUUGACACCCAUGCCUCUACGGCAAGCGCAGGCGCAAAGCAUCGAGGCUGUCGAGCAGGUCAUCCCCAAACUAGUCUCCGUCAAUGCCCAGAUGGCCCAGGUGGAAAUUGAAGUCCGCAGAGCCCGGAAGAAGCGCGCUAAGGCCGAGGCGGCGGCCGUCAAACAGGAGCAGGAAGUUAGCGGCGCCGGCGCCGGCGCGGAGAUUGUGGCGUGAUCUCGGUGUCAAAGCACUACCUAAUAGGAGGUAGUUUACGUUAUUAAAAGCCACGACCUAUGUAGCAGCACGCAGCCCCUCAUACACGUGUAUCCGUAGCGAAGUUUCUUUAUGACAGCUAAGCGAGGUAUGGGAUGCAUGUGGUCAAGCACAACAAGUCAAAGGAAUUACGAAGUAGAUCUUACUAGGUAGUCAGCAGACUGAAACGCAGAUCUGUCCUUUUAAGAAAAACAAAAAAAACAAAGAGAGACGCGCAAGCGUAAACAAAGCCUUG